AACACGUGUUUAUCCAAGUCUGUCACUUUUGGUGUUCUAACCUCACACUGUUUGUAUCAUUUUUGCCAUUUCCUUUCAAAUACACGCAAAAAUGGGAACUUCAAAGCCGCUUUUUCGUGAUUUGGAUCCAGACGAUCCUGAACCCGAAACUACAGAGAUUGAAUCACUUUGCAUGAAUUGCCAUGCUAACGGUACUACACGACUCCUAUUAACCAAAAUUCCCUUUUACAAAGAAGUGGUGUUAAUGUCAUUCUCGUGCGACGGGUGUGGGUAUAAAAAUAACGAAAUUCAGUCCGGCGCUGCUAUAAACCCUGAAGGCGUUCGUAUCACUCUGAAGGUAGAAACACAGUCAGACUUAAACAGACAACUGGUGAAGAGUGACCACACGAGUAUAAAAAUUGUCGAGCUGGAGUUUGAAAUUCCGGCGAAAAGUCAAAAAGGCGAAGUGACGACUGUGGAAGGUGUUAUUAAUCGUAGUAUAACGGGGCUUGAACAAGAUCAGGUUCUUCGACGAAUCCAGCAUCCAGAAGCGGCCGCCCAAAUUGACGAUUUCAUCCAAAAACUACAAACCCUCAAAGAACUAAAAUCGCCGUUUACUUUAGUUUUAGAGGACAUUUCUGGAAACAGCUUUAUUGAAAACCCUGUAGCCCCCAAAAAAGACCCCAAAUGCGCCACCGACAAGUUUAAAAGAACGAAAGAACAGGAUCACGAGUUGGGGGUUUUCACCCCAGAUGAGGUUAGUGGUCAAAACAGCGCAAUUUUGCAACCCAUCGCAGAGGAUGACUUUACAUUGGAAGAUCUGGAGGGCGAAGUCAUGCAGUUUCCAACUAACUGCACCAAUUGCAACUCACCGUGUCAAACUAACAUGAAAAUGACUAAAAUACCGCACUUCAAGGAAGUGGUUAUAAUGGCAACGACGUGCGACUUUUGUGGUCAUCGCACCAAUGAGGUGAAGUCUGGUGGGGGGGUUGAAGCCAAAGGAGUACAUAUUGAGGUUGACGUGAAUGGGCGGGCUGAUUUUUCGCGCGACGUUUUGAAAUCGGAAACUUGUGACUUGAAAAUUCCAGAGUUGGACUUGGAAGUGGGGCCGCAUGCCUUAGGAGGAAGGUUUACUACAGUUGAGGGGUUGUUGGUGGCUAUGAAAGAUCAGUUGAAUGACUCAGGCUUUUCUCACAUGUUUAGGGAUUCACAGAAUGAUGAGUCAAAAGCGAAAAUGGACGCGUUUUUUAAGAAGUUUGAUCAGAUUCUGGAUGGAGCGUCUAAAGUGACGAUUGUUUUGGAUGAUCCAGCUGGAAAUAGUUACAUUCAGAGUCUUGGGGAUGCAGACACUGGUUUGAGGAUAACAAGAUAUGAAAGAACGUUUGAACAGAAUGAAGAUUUAGGUCUGAAUGAUAUGAACACAGAAAAUUACACAAAUGAUUGCUAGUAUAAAUUUUUAUAUCUUAAGAUAAAAUUUUGUACAAAUUUAAUCACCUUCGUCACGCACAACGGGUUCACCAUCUAAUUUUUUCAAGUUGGGGAGUUUUUUAAUGGCUUCUUGUUUCCACACUGAUUCCUCCAUGUUUUCAUAGAGAGGAUUCCC